AUGAUGUCCUUUGUCUCUCUGCUCCUGGUUGGCAUCUUGUUCCCCGCCAUCCAGGCAAAGCAAUUUACAAAAUGUGAGCUGUCCCAGGUGCUGAAAGACAUGGAUGGCUUUGGAGGCAUUGCUUUGCCUGAAUGGAUCUGUACUAUAUUUCAUACCAGUGGUUAUGACACACAAACCAUAGUCAAUAACAAUGGUGGCACAGAAUAUGGACUUUUCCAGAUCAGCAAUAAAUUUUGGUGCAAGGAUGACCAGAACCUUCAGUCAAAGAACAUCUGUGACAUCUCCUGUGACAAGUUCCUGGAUGAUGACCUUACUGAUGACAUGAUUUGUGCCAAGAAGAUCCUGGAUAAGGAAGGAAUUGACUACUGGUUGGCCCAUAAACCACUCUGCUCUGAGAAGCUGGAGCAGUGGCGCUGUGAGAAGUUGUGAGUGCCUGCUGUCAUUGGUGCUUCUGCUUCUGUAUGUUCCCGGAAUGCCUCUUCCCUAAGGCUACCUCAGUUUGAUUCUUUCUUCUUCCUUGAAGCUGAUUUGUCUCUGAAUCCUGAGCCCUGUGGUGACACCAUUGGACACUUGAGGACUAUUCUCCAGCAAUGCAUGGCUGGUACACUGGACUUUUGACCCUUGUUCAGUCCCUCUGAUGGCACUUUCAGUACAACAAUGGAUUUCAUCUCUGUCUUGAAUAA